CUUAAAUCCGGGUAAUUGGAUCCGGGAAUGGACGGCUGAGAUCUCUCACUCUUGAGCUCUUCAUUUGUAUAUAAAUAAAUAUCAGGGCGAACGAGAGAAGCCCUAACUCUGCGUAGCAGCGGCUGUCUGUGACCUUGGUGUUCCUUCGGCAUGGGGGCGUAUACUUAUGUUUCGGAGCUAUGGAGGAAGAAACAGUCCGAUGUUAUGAGGUUUCUGCAGAGAGUCAGGUGCUGGGAGUACCGUCAGCAUCCUUCAAUUGUGCGUGUCACUCGGCCCACACGCCCUGAUAAAGCUCGUCGCCUGGGGUACAAAGCAAAGCAGGGGUACGUGAUAUAUCGCGUUCGUGUUAGGCGUGGUGGUCGGAAGAGGCCUGUUCCUAAAGGUAUUGUUUACGGUAAGCCGACAAAUCAAGGUGUCACCCAGUUGAAGUUCCAGCGUAGCAAGAGGUCUGUUGCUGAAGAACGUGCUGGGCGAAAACUGGGCGGUCUUAAAGUUCUCAAUUCCUACUGGAUCAACGAGGAUUCUACCUACAAAUACUUUGAGAUUAUCUUGGUUGAUGCGGCACAUAAUGCAAUCCGCAAUGAUCCACGGAUUAACUGGAUCUGCAAGCCCGUUCACAAGCACAGAGAGCUUCGCGGUCUUACCUCUGCAGGAAAGAAAUACAGAGGUUUGCGGGGAAAGGGUCAUUUGUACCACAAAGCACGGCCAUCCAGGAGGGCUACAUGGAAAAGGAACAAUACCCUGUCACUCCGCCGCUAUCGCUGAUUCUAUCUGUACUACUUUGUUGGUACUUUUGCUUGCGUCCCAGCUUUUUAUUACAGGUCCGGACUUUUCAUUUUUCAUUCUGAGAUCUUAGUUGCGCUAAGUGGUUUGUUUUGAAUGAGAAUUGAAUUUGUUAUGCCGUCUCUUGAGCCACAAGGCAUGUACUUCCUCUUGGACUAAUUUGAUGCUUUUUGCGUCAGUGUUUUUUGUUUUUACUCAUCUUUUUGCUUUCGGAGAUUUAGUUAUGAGUCGUUUUUUGAAUGAGAAAUGGGGAUCUUGUGAUUCUUGUGGUUUA